UUCUUCGUCUCACGUGUAUGAUCAGCUGACAGUGACGCUACAGGGGGAAACUCUCUCUGUUCCUGAAACAUCGGGCGCUGCAGCGGGUUGCACGGGCACCUGGUUGGGCUGGGCUCGUGUUUUGCUUCUCAGUUGUCUCCUGGGUCUGGCUGCAAAAGCAGCGCUGCUACCGUUGCUGAGUGCAUGCUUGCUGAGACUUGAGCGCAGAGGGAAGUGUGCCGGGUUCGCCGGACAGAGACGGUGCAGGGCGAGCAGCAGUGCAUUGGCAGCCUUGGAGAUCCAUCCCUUGCCCAUCCAGUUACUGAAACCGCUGAUCGAGAUCUCCCUGAUUUCCUCCCCCACCCCCGGGAAGCUUCCUCACAGCGACGGCAACUCCAUACCGUAGUCCCUGAGAUUUUUCCUUCCGUAGGAGCCGCUGAGACGACAGCCACUUCUUAUCAGUCUCCAGACGUUUUCACCCAGCUUGAGACUGCUUGAUAAGAAGCAGGCUACUCUGUGACCUAUUAACGCCUAAUCCCAGUUGUUACCCUAGUUCAUGGAUUAUCUGAAAACUGCAGUAAACUAGAAUGUCUGGAUGUAUCCAGCUUUCAUGUGCUGUUUGUAGAAUUGGCAUUUACACGUGUUUUCGAGCACUUUGCUGCAAAGGGCCUCCACCACCACGACCAGAGUAUGACUUGGUUUGUAUAGGUCUCACUGGCUCUGGCAAGACUAGUCUACUGUCUCAGCUCUGCAGUGAAAAUAGAGAUAAUAUAGUAUCAACAACAGGUUUUAGCAUAAAAGCAGUGCCAUUCCAGAAUGCCAUCUUGAAUGUAAAAGAGCUUGGAGGAGCUGACAAUAUUAGGAAGUACUGGAGUCGUUACUACCAAGGAUCCCAAGGAGUAAUAUUUGUAUUAGACAGUGCCUCUUCAGAAGAUGAUUUAGAAAUUGCUAGAAAUGAACUGCACUCUGCGCUUCAGCACCCACAGUUAUGCACUUUGCCAUUUUUAAUAUUGGCCAAUCAUCAGGACAAGCCAGCAGCUCGUUCAGUACAAGAGAUCAAAAAGUAUUUGGAACUUGAACCACUUGCACGAGGAAAACGCUGGAUACUUAAGCCCUGCUCCUUGGAUGAUAUGGAAGCAGUAAAAGACAGCUUCAGCCUGCUGAUAAAUUUACUAGAAGACAGAGAUCUUGAGCCUUCAAGAAUGUGAAGAAAAGUCAGAUGGUUCUCAGACAGCAUUUUUCCUGUUUGUCUUACCUUCAGCUGAAUUAUGGUUUGGUAUACAGAAGACUGUGUUAGAGCUUGCAAUAAAUAUAUUUUUGCAUUUAGCCUGGAAAACCUGUUUAUAAGUUCUGUGAAUUGGGUUUGUGGUUAUUUUCAGUAAUGUUGCCUAUGCUGAAAUGGAGAGUUCCUUUAGUUUACCAACAAUUCUGUGUACUGUAUGCCAUUUUUAUGCAUUGUUGUUAGAAGAACCUUAAUGCAAAAUUUUGAUGCAUAUACAAAAUUUCAAAGAAUCUGUAACUGGAUACUAAAAGAUCUAGUGAUGUUCCUGAAAAGAAAAUAUGUUUUUCAGGUCUCUGGCCAUUACUUGUGUAAUUAUGCGGGAUGAGCACACAAGCUAUGUGGAAAUUAUAGUUGCUGAGAACCACAGUAGAUUCUGAAGCCAAGGAACACAUUUUUAAUGCAAAGACUAGUCAGAACACCUACCUUUUAACAUUUACAGUUUUAUUUUUUUUUAAGAGACAAACCAUUGAUUUAGCAGAAGGUGAGGCAAUUACAAUAGGCAUAUCAGUAUUUUGUUAUCCAUCAAUUUGGAAGCAUCUCAAGUGCUCAAAAAAUAGCCUUUGUAAAUUGUAGGUGUCAGUUAAGCUGAUGAUUGUGUAAAAUUGUGGUGAAAUCGGGGCUAACUUCUAGUACAGAUAAUGGAGCAUGAACAAUAAGCAGGUUUAAAUAAUCACUGGAUGUAUUCUAUAUAACUAGUAUUAUGCUAGAAGUCUUAGUGGCCAUGGAAUUAUUAUUUUUUAUUUUUAUUUUUAAAAGUCAGUGUCUUGGAACUAUACUCAAAAGUCUGUGUUUCUUAAAUACCCCUAUUUUCAGGGGAUCCAAGCUGUUCCAGACUGAAUGUUGGUAGAAAGCUUUUCACCCAGAGCAUAGUAUGUUUUUGUUGUUGUUUUUGUUAUAUGUGACAGCACUCCCAUUUAGUUCCAGGAAUGUAUCCCUUUCUCUCCCCAGGUUUACCUAGUCUUGGAAGCCCACAGACUGCUUCAGAGCUCAAUACUGCCUGGGUUGUAGCAGUCAGUGGUGCAGCACUAUGAAACUGGGCUUUUGGCAGUGGCAUUGCUUGUGCGUACCAGGAUGGAGGAAGGACAAGGCAUCAGCCAGUUUGGAACAGUGCAGGUGCACAGUGGAAGCGCCAGAUUGGGCCUGCCAGUGGGCCUGCACCACUGUGUCCUCACUGCCAUCAUGCCUCACCCACACUCCAUCCCAGUAAGUGUGUUCAUAUGUGUUGAAAGCCACCCAGAGUGGCUGGGGCAACCCAGCCAGAUGGGCAGGGUAUAAAUAAUAAAAUUAUUAUUAUUAUUAUUAUCACCAGUAAGUGGCAGUGGCACCGCCGUAAAGAGGCUGUCCACCCCACCAACCACUCCUGCACAAUACAGCAGUGGAUAGCUUUUCAUAAGUUGCGUUUGAAUGUUGAAUAUUAUAUUCCUCUACCAAGUACGGAGUGGAAUAGAUCUUGGUAAAAUAUUGCAGCAUUGGUGGUUUUAUAGCAUUUGGGCAUCUUUCUGUAUUUUUAGCUUUGUUUUGUUUUAAUUUCCAAAGUUAAAUGCAGAAUAUCUUCCACUUGUAAUUUUUGUAUAAUUUACUCUAAGAUACUAUUGAAAAGUGAAGGGUAUCAAACAAUUUCUCAAUAUAUAAUGCACUUUGAUCUGUGAACCUAUGUUUUUUAUUAUUAUUUUUAAUAAACACCAUUGGAUUUUUUUUGG